CUUUUCAGGACCCCACCUUGAUGUUUCGGGACCCCACUUUGGGUCCCGAUCCCAACUUUGGGAAACACUGGGACUUCCAGGAAUCUUGUUCUUCAUUUCGACAUCAUUUCACAAACAGGACCUGACGCCAGAGUUCUGAUUUAGGAGAAAAGACAAGUCUUUCCUGUAAACUGUGCUGACCUUUGACCUUUAACCUGCUAACUCAAGUCUGAGAUUUUCUCUGAACAUUGCACAGUCUGACCUAAGGGUGAGUUCGCUGUAACACCCAGUCCUGGGGAGAGUUAUGGGCAGCAGGCUGCUCCUUAAUGCUGAGGUGUUGUGUUUCACCGUGACCUGAGCCUCCUGUGGGAUCAGUGAGUUUUUGGCUUCAUUUUAGAUGAAUAAAUAAUACUUUGGACUCUGUUGUGUGUUUUGUUCAUUUGAGGUUAGAACUCGGUGAAGACCAGAUCAUUUUUACUUUGUCCAGAUAAGUAAAAAUAAUGUUGAACUGUUUUUUUCUUAUAAUAAAUAAAGAAAAGAUGCUGGUUUAAGACGUUUGCCCAGAAUCAUGAUGUUGAUGUUCAGCAGAUCCCUGCUACAAAGCUUGGCAGUGAGAACUGACUGACUCAGCUGUUUACUGGGCAGGGCUGAGCUGGGAGGGGUCCUCAAAGAAUGGGCGGUGAGUGAAAGCCCCUCGCGCGCAGCCACGMCUUCUGUGCGUCAGCGCGUAAAGCCGUGCGUGUUUGUGGCUGUGGUCUGUGGAGGAGAGGGGGGCUCAGGAGGAACAUUUCACAUCGACUUCCUUCCUCCACUGGGGGGGGGUCCUAAUAUGGAGUUGGGGGGUGUUAUAUGGGAACCGAAGUGUUUCUCCAACAAAGCUGCAGUUGGAUUGUUGGAACCUGCAAGAAGCUGACCGGACCGAGCCUUUCAACAUGAACACUGGAGCGCGGCUGCUGGUCCUGCUGGUCCUGCUGGUCCUGGUGGGGAGACUGGCGGGGCUGAAGCCGAACAGCGGCUACUGCAUCGGGACUGGAUGUGUGGCCUUGUUCUGGCAGCCGGCUGACUUCAGGAGCGCACAGAAGCUGUGCAGAGACCAGCGGGCCCAGUUAGUAACGGUGCGCUCCUCCGUGUCCAGUGACGUCCUGUCCGUGCUGCUGGGGAACUUCACCGGGAGCUUCUGGAUCGGUCUGCACCGGCCGGCCGGCUGCCCGAACCUUGCCGAGGUCCUGUUCGGUUACGGGUGGGUCACCAAGGACUCGGAGAGCGACCUGAACAACUUUGGGUCGAGUUUUAACAGCAGCUGCUCCGCGCCCCGCUGCGUGUCUGUGAGCAGAGAGGACAGCUUCAGGUGGGGGCAGACCCCCUGUGCUCAGCUGGCCGCGGGAUUCCUCUGUGAGUUCAGCUUCACGGACCCGUGCCGGACUCUGCCAGCCGCACCGGACCGGUCUGUCCACUACAUGACUCCGUACGGGUUUGGAGUGGAGGACCUGCAGUUGGUCCCGCCCGGAACCACCGCGACGCGCUUUCCUUCUGGGACCAAACACAUCUGCUCCUCGGGGCAGUGGCUGCACGCGCCCUGGAGCUGCGAGAUCCAGGACGGUGGCUGUGAGUACAAGUGCGCCAAGACCCCCGGCGACGGCCCGGUCUGCUUCUGCCCCCCGGGACAAACCGUGAACCACGCGAACCGGGUGUCCUGCGCGGCCCCGGGCCCGGGGGAUCCGUGCGCGGCGCUGCGGUGCCAGCAGCUGUGCCGCGAGGCCGAGGACGGGUCCGCGAGGUGCGCCUGCGAGCACGGCCUGAAGCUGGCCGAGGACGCCAGCUCGUGCGUGGACGUCGACGAGUGCGCGGACCCGCGGCAGUGUCCCGGGGAGAACUUCCGCUGCGUCAACACGCAGCUGGGCUUCGCGUGCGUCUGCAAGGUGGGCUACAAGAAGCACCGCGACCGCUGCGUGGACGUGGACGAGUGCGUCUCCGCCCCCUGCGAGCACACGUGCGUCAACACUCCGGGAAGCUACACGUGCGCCUGUUACCAUGGUUACAGACCGGCCGACAAGGCGCCGAACAAAUGCGAGCUUUUCUGCGGGGCGGAGGAAUGUCCCGCCACGUGCGACCCCAACGACCCGCGGCAGUGUUACUGUCCGGACGGCUUCCUGUCGGAGGAGAGGCGGACCGGAGUGUUCUGCUUGGAUAUAGAUGAGUGCAGCUACAACUACUGCGACCAGGACUGCAGCAACAUGCCGGGCAGUUACCUGUGUUCCUGUUCCACAGGAUACAAACUGGUCGACCUGUACAGGUGCGUAGAAACUGAUGAGGAGCCCGAGGGCUCCGGGACAGCCCCCUCACCCAGCGCCCCCUCACCCAGCGCCCCCUCACCCAGAGCCCCCACUUCAGUCCCAGAUCCUGGCCCGACCCGGAGACCCUCAGCGGUGACCCCGAUGGGGCUGGUGGGGAUCAUAGUGUGCGUGGUGCUGCUCAUCGUGUUGGUGGUCUUUGGUCUUCAUAUUGGACUCAGUGUCAGGAAGAAGAGCUCAGCUGCUGAGAGGAAAGCUGCUGAGGAUGAGACUCCCAGUUUAAAUAAGGUCACCAGUA